AAUUAUCGAAUAGAUACGCUUAUCGGUCUAUCGCCUGGUUCGGCUGGUCACACUGGCGAGCAAAUGAAUUGAAUUGAAAAAAAUAAAUGAAUAAACAAACUAGCAGUGCGUCCGCGAACAGGCGAUUUAUCACCCCGGAGGAACACUCGUUUUCAACGCCAUGCACUCGAUGACGCGGACGCGCGCACAGUAGAGCCUCACGAUAAGGAACCCGGAGUCCGCAAGGCCAGAGACUACACAGAUUUUGUGGUGUGUUGUGUUGUGUGUGGGAAAAAAACGAAAGAGUGAAGAGCAGUGCACGAAAAUAAACGCAAAAAAUCAAUGGGCGACCCCCCCAGCAGCAGAGCAGCCCUCACGGGAAAUCCGAGACCUUGAGCUGGGGAGAGUCCAUCAUCCAACCCAACCCAAGCCAUGGACAAACUCCCAAUCCGCAGCAGCGUCUGUCUAUUUACAUUUGCAUUUUCACCCCACCUGGCGCGACGACGGACAGGUGUUCUCACAAAUCUUGGAGCUGCGGAGUGGCGCACAGUGGGGUGGAGUGGCGAGUGGCGAGGGCCAAAUGUUGAGUAACCCAGGCCACUGUGCAUGUAUCACACAUAGAUACAUGCGCACACCUAAUCAGUGCUUUUCGCCAAAGAUAAGGGCUCUUUUCGAAGAGUUUGCCACUGGGCUGCCUCUUGCCCAAAUUCAAACGCAGCUGGCUGACUGUUUCUGUUACUGAUUCCCAGUUCCGACUCUCGGGCACCGUGACUCAGACCAGGCGAUCCGCUCGCAGCCCCGCCGACACCAUAACCAGCUACAUCGUCAUAGCCAGCGCAGGGAAACCAGCCCAGAUCCCCAGAUCCAGCUCCAGACCCAGAUAAAACGACUCCGGCCAGAUGAGCAGCGGUAUGAGGUCGCAGGACGGUCCGCGGGCGAAGGUCAAUGCCGCCAGCACGCUGCUCACCCAGGAGGAGAAUGAGGCCGUCUUCAAGCUGCUGGGCAAGAAGUGCCAGACACUGAACACCGCCGUGGUGCAGAUCUACAAGACGGAGGGCAGUGCCCAUGCCCACUGGAAGAAGCGGCACACUGGAGUGGUGUGCUUUGUCAAGGAUAGCGCCAUUCGGUCCUACUUCAUGCGCGCCUACUGCCUGAUCAAGAACGAACUGAUUUGGGAGCACGAGAUUUACGAUGGCAUGGAGGUGGUCAAGUCGAGACCCUUCCUGCUCACCUUCGAGGGCAGUGAUGGUCAUGUGGGACUAAACUUCGUCUCCGAGGAGGAGUGCGACUCGUUCUUUCGCAUUGUGGACGCCACCAUAGAGACGCGUAACCGCAAGCGACAAGAGAAGCGCAACCGGCAGAAAAGCCAGCAGGCGCCCAAUGCUCCAUUGCCUCAGGUACAACGAGAGCCGGCAAGGCCACCACCCUUGCAAGGCGGUAUGUCCGCCACGGACGGUGUUCAGUUGAGAAACAAUAAGAUCAACUCGGUGACCCUGACGCCUGCGCCAGCGCCAGCGCAGUCAAAGAAUUUCCUGUCCAGCAGCUUUGGGCUCGGCAACCAGGCGAAGGACAAGAAGCGCAAGGUGACCAAGGCGGACAUCAGCCAGCCGACAAACUUUGUGCACAUCAGCCACGUGGGCUGGGAUGCGCAGAAGGGAUUUGAUCUGGCGGGCAACGAGAACGAUGAGGUGCUGAACGAGUUCUUCGUCAGGGCAGGUGUCUCCGAAGUGGAGCUAAAGGAUCGGGACACCCGCGCUUUCAUCUACGACUUCAUACAGAGCAACAAUGUCCUGGCCUCGGUGAAGCAAUGCAGUGUGGAAUCCCCCACGGAAACAACGCCUCCCAUGCCGCCACCGGUGCCAACACGACAUCCCUCUAAUGGCAACCAAAGAACUGCUCCUCCGCUGCCGCCGGCAAGACAACCACCGCCCGCAGUGCCCGUCACUGUGCCGGGCGCCGUACGAGCUCCUCCACCACCCAACAGACCACCACCCAUUAGCACCGCUCCACCACCGCCACCAGUCAGUGCGCCCGUUGUAGCGCCGCCACCCCCACCGCCGCCGCCACCAGCAGCGGUGCCGCCAUCACCACCCCUGCCCAUGCCAGUGGGAGAGAUUCCCGUCAUUACGACCACGCAAGCACCGACUCAAGCAGCCCGGCCAGCAGCUCCGGCGGCCCCAGAUCCACGCAAUGCACUAAUGGACGCCAUACGCAAGGGAACCCAGCUGAAGAAAGUGGAUACGGCUGCUCUCAGCACUGGAAGUGGCGAUUCUCGCAGCGAUUUAAUGAAGGAUAUCCGUCAGGGCACGGUUCUAAAGCCGGCCAAGGAACGGGAGCUGGGCAGUCAGCGGAUCAGCGACAGCGGAGCAGGUACAGACGCCUUGGCCGAUGCACUGCGUCGUGCGCUGGAGGCGCGUGGAAACGCGAUCCACUCGGACGAGGACGAAACCGAGUCCUCGGACAACGAAGGGGAGUGGGACUAAGGGAACUACUGAUGACACGACGCGAUAGGGGCAGGCAGACACUAUUCCAAAUAUAAGCAAUAACUUAAUUUGUGCUUUGGCAUUUUGGUUUAUCGUUAGAUAAAUCCCUGUAAAUACUGUUAGUGAAUUUUCAUACCUCUUUAAUUUAAUUGUACGAGUUUAACAAAAACAAAAUGUACUAAAGGAUAACCACAAAUUGAGAAAUUUUAUCAGCAUUUGCCCGUUUUCGUUUGUUCCAAAUCACAUUUGCAUAUCCAUAAAGCUGCUCAAUUAAAUACGAAAAAUACACAUAUGUGGGUGAAAUUUGCAAACCCCGUUCAGACUACUGUGCCAAAAACUUGACAACACCAAAAUGUAAAAGGAGUUUGUGAAAAAUUAGAGAUUCACCUUGAAGCGAACUGAAAAACUGUAAACUGAGCGAUAGAAAUUUAUUAUAGUGAAUAUAUUUUAUAAAUCUACAAACAAAAGGAAAGGAUCAAACGAAAAGUAAUCUGUGACUGCUAUUAAUAAAGCCACAGCUGAGAAUUAUUCAAAUACAAUAUUUAAACUAAUAGAUUUGCCCGCAAUUAACCAUAAACUAAAUUUACAAGUUUGCUCAGUAAUAAUUCACUACUUGUUGAAAUAAUUAUUAACAAAUGUAAUGUAAGUGUGGCUAAGUCCAAUAGGCAUGUAUUCAAAUUAUGUUGACCACAAGGCUUCCUCGGGCACCAAUGGGUCCGCUAAAGCUGUCUAUUACAUCCAGUUACACCCACUUGAUUUAUGACCUAGUAACGCAUAAGUAUUUUCUUUUAGUUUGAGCGCAUUUAAUGCAAACUUGUAGUCAUUUUUCUUCUGUGUGUUUGUAUUUAAAUCAAGAUUACGUAUAUGUAUGUUUUCAUGACAUUUUUGAAACUAAUAAACCCAAUAAGCUUGUCAGAGCGAGCAAUUUA